AUGAUGUCGCUACCCCUUUUCUCCCCUUUUGAUCGUUACCGAGGCCUGGAAAGGGGCCCCCAAAGACAAACAAUCUCUCUUCAGGAGCCUGAAAAUGGUUCCCCCCCCCCCGGCCAAAAAAAAAACCCUUCAACAAGGCAGCAAUACCUCAGGUAUCUUUCAAUACGAAAAAUUCAUCCGUCUUUUUAUUGUUGUAUAAACAAACCGGGAAUGAUGGGUUUGCCCUCGAUGUGCCAAUACGGCGCAAGUAAAAUGGCUACGUACCAUCUCAACGCAGCUGCGUCGCGCUUAGGGCGGCCAACCGGAAAGGGGGUAAACCUGGAGCGGGGGAGUCGGAUGAUUGUUGACUGUUUUUUCUUUCAUGCUUGA